AUGUCGAACAACGAUAGACUCCUAGGCUAUGGUGCGAGAUCUAUAGCUAAUAUAAUACCCCUUGAUGAACAAUCAUGUAAAGAAAUCGUCAAUUACUGUUUGUCUUUGUCGUCAGAUAAGUUAAUACAGGAUCAUCUUAUAGAUAUUUUAGGUGUAAACUCUGACUCAUUAUCUUUCAUAGAAGAGUUUUUACGUUUAAAGAAUGAUACUGGGUCAAAAGCAGAAGCUGAGAAAGAACCAGCCACUAUUUCAUAUUCUAAUCUUUUAAAAGGUGAUGCUCGUGAAGUUGCUAAACCUAUAGAGAAACAGAAUCAAGUAAGGUCUAAGCCUAAAACAAAGACUAAAUCCUCCAUAACUACAUCUCAACUAUUAGAAAAGAGUCCUGCUCCUGUUGAAUCAAAAGAAAUACCGAAGAAGAAAAGAGUUAAGAAUUUAAAUAACUUAAGGGAUAUAGAAGCUGCCCUAAAUGAAUUGGAAAUAUCUUCAUUUAAGACUCUGUCUGAGACAAAUAGAAUUUGCAAUUGUUUAGCUACUCGACACCCAUUAUUUGAAUUAGCUCCUAAUUGUUUAAAUUGUGGUAAGAUCAUUUGUGUAAAAGAAGGUUUCCAACCAUGUUCAUUCUGUGGAGCCAAUUUAUUAUCAUAUAAAGAAAGAAAUGAUAUGAAACAAGCACUAGAACAUGAGAGGGAUUCUUUGCUUAAGAAAACCCAUCCAGAGUCAGAAAGUCCAAGACCAAAACCUUCAGGUAAGUCCAAAAAGAUAGUUAUUUCGUUAAACAGUGGAGAAAAUCUUUGGAAAGCUCAAGAUAAAGCAUUCAAGCAAGUUGAAGAAGAACAUAAAAAGAAUAAAGAAGUCAAACAAGUACAAGACUUUGAAGAUGAGAGUCAAUUUGCAGAGUCUGAUCUUAGUCCAUCACUUGAUCCGGAUUUAGUUAAAGCAAAUGAAAGGCUAGAGACUUUGCUUGAAUUUCAAGAAACAGGAGCUGAGCGUACUAAGAUUAUUGAUAAUGCCGCUGAUUUUGAACUGCCACAUACAGGAUCCGCUAUGUGGUUAUCUCCAAUGCAAAGAGCAUUACAAUUGAAGGUUUGGCAAAAACAGUUGAAGAGUCAAGAAGCUUCUAAAAAUGAACGAACUGGUAGAGGUGAUAAGUCUAUAGAAAUGGUGAUAAAAGACGGUAAAAUACAAAUGGUUGAGAAAUAUAGAGUUCAUAAAGAACCUGAUAAUAGUGAUAUCAAAGAAUUAGAGAAAGAAAUUCAGCAUGAGAAAAGUAAAAAUGAAAUUCAAUCAUUGACUAGUUGGGAUUUUGAAAAGGAUAAGAAUAGAUGGCAAAAACCGGUUUAUGCCAGUGCUAAUCAAGUAGCUAGUAAAGAUGAUAUUCAAGAUCAAAUGUCAUCCAGAGUUCAAUUUGAAACUUCUACAAAUAGUGAGGAGUUAUUAGUAUCAUUACCAUCGUAA